CGUCAGGGCCGCGCCCCGCGCGACGACGCUGCUGCGCGGCCCCGCCCCCAGGCCCGACAGCCUGGGAGCUGCUGGAGUUUCCGUGCCCUGCAACCGGCGGGAGACGCGCACUGUGCAGAGGUCACCGUGGAAGGCGGCUCCCGGCUCUGGCAGGCGGCUGCCCCCAGACCCGCAGUGCUAUGCGCAGGUGCUUGCGCCCGUUCUUUAGUUAGUGAUCUUUUGGUUAGGAACGCAGGUGGACCUGCUUGUUGGCCGUUUGCAUUCCGGAGUCUGUGCCUCUGGCCGAGGCUUGUCGGAUGGUCGUAGGGCUUCCUCGUUGGUUCGGAUGCCUAGUGAUUUAGCUUACUGCAGACGCCAGCAGCAAACGCUCGCGGAGAGCGCGGUCCACUCUGCUCUGAGGGCUUUCACGGGCAGGAGCUGCUAUUUCCUCGCAUUUUCCUCGAGGAAAUGGGCACAGAGAGGUUAGUCGCGUGCUGAAGGUCACACAGCGGGCAGGUGGGCAAGUCAGGAUCUGGCUCCAGGCCUGCAGCCUUGGAGCUUGGGCCCCAGGGCGCGCCCUGCCUCUGUGGCUCUGCCUGUGGAUCGCAGUCGCAGGCUCGUUCCCUAUGGGGCCUCUAGCCUCCCAGCCUGGAGCUAAUCUUGGGAGGUGCGUGACAGUGGGCACUGGCUUUGCCGAUGUGGAGACCAGACUCCAGAGACUGUGUCACCUGGCUUGGUCUGCGCAGCCGGUGCACGCCAAGCUCGCGUGCAGACGAAGCUCCAGAGUCCUGGCUGUCAGGAGAGUUCCUCCCCGAGGACACACAUGCAACCUUCUGGACCUCCAGGCUUCAGACUUUCAAAACUCCCAUAUAUAGGAAAGCCCCCAGGACGCAGCCAGCAGCUUGGGUCAUGGGUGCACCCAUCACAGCAGUCCUGGGCGAAACAGUGAAUAGGAGCUCUGUGUCUCUGGUCGUUACAGUUGUAGUAAAUGUUCCCUGUAGUAAGAGUCCCCUUCGGAAGAUAUUUGCCGUAUUUUCAACAAAAGACUCUCCAGGAUUAAUGAGCGACUACAAGUCAGGAAGGAAAAGGCUGACAAUCCAGGUUUUUUAAAAAACGGGCAAAGGACGUGAACAGACACUAUGCAAUGACCCAGAGUGCACACAUCAUCAUUUCGCCUGGGAAUGGGGCUCCCGAGCCCCCAGGCGGCUGAACUUGAGACUUGUCACGCCAGUGUUGGUGGAACACGGAGCAGCUAGAGGUCACCUGCUGCAGGUGGGCGUGUAACUCCACAGGGCCAAGUAGGGCCAAGCCCUUUGGAAAGCCGUAGCACAUGCAUGAGGGUCCAGAAAGUCCCAAGAGAAAGUGUGUGGAUGCACCUACCAAGGACACACCCAGAGAGGCCACAGCUGCGAUUUCAUAGUGUGGGACCACACUGGCAAAGACACACUGGCUGCUGUGGCCAUGGUUUCUGUCCCAGCCAUCUAUUUCCAUAGGAAAAGACCCGUGCCUGUAUAUUCCGCGCUUUGCGCACCUACUGGAAUUCGGAGAGAAGAACCACGAGGUGUCCAUGACUGCCCUGAGGCUCCUACAGAGGAUGAAGCGGGACUGGAUGCACACAGGCCGGCGCCCCUCGGGCCUCUGCGGAGCAGCACUCCUAGUUGCAGCCAGAAUGCAUGACUUCAGGAGGACUGUGAAGGAGGUCAUCAGUGUGGUCAAAGUGUGUGAGUCCACGCUGCGAAAGAGGCUCACGGAAUUUGAAGACACCCCCACCAGUCAGCUGACCAUAGAUGAGUUCAUGAAGAUCGACCUGGAGGAGGAGUGCGACCCCCCCUCAUACACGGCUGGGCAGAGGAAGCUGCGGAUGAAGCAGCUUGAACAAGUUCUGUCAAAAAAACUGGAGGAGGUUGAAGGUGAAAUAUCCAGUUACCAGGAUGCAAUUGAGAUUGAACUAGAAAACAGCCGGCCAAAGGCCAAGGGGGGCCUGGCCAGCCUGGCGAAAGAUGGCUCCGCUGAGGACACCGCGUCCAGCUUGUGUGGUGAGGAGGACACGGAGGAUGAGGAGCUGGAGGCCGCGGCCAGCCACCUGAACAAGGACUUAUACCGGGAGCUCCUUGGUGGCACCCCUGGCAGCUCGGAAGCAACAGGAAACCCCGAGUGGGGCGGCAGACCUCCGGCCCUUGGGUCCCUGCUGGACCCCCUCCCCACUGCGGCCAGCCUGGGCAUCUCAGAUUCGAUCCGCGAAUGCAUCUCCUCGCAGUGCAGCGACCCCAAAGAUGCUUCGGGAGACGGCGAGCUGGACCUCAGUGGCAUUGACGACCUGGAGAUUGACAGGUACAUCCUGAAUGAGUCGGAAGCCCGCGUGAAGGCCGAGCUGUGGAUGAGGGAGAACGCCGAGUACCUGCGGGAACAGAGGGAAAAAGAAGCAAGAAUAGCCAAAGAGAAGGAGCUUGGCAUCUACAAGGAGCACAAGCCCAAGAAGUCUUGCAAGCGACGGGAGCCAAUUCAGGCCAGUACCGCCAGGGAGGCCAUCGAGAAGAUGCUGGAACAGAAGAAGAUCUCCAGCAAGAUCAACUACAGCGUGCUCCGGGGCCUCAGCAGCGCCGGCGGGGGCAGCCCGCACAGGGAGGAUGCGCAGCCCGAGCAUAGCACCAGUGCCAGGAAGCUGUCACGAAGGAGAACGCCGGCCAGCAGAAGUGGGGCUGACCCUGUGACCAGUGUGGGGAAAAGGUUGAGGCCUCUGGUGUCUACGCAGCCAGCAAAGAAGGCGGCCACAGGAGAGGCUUUGCUCCCAAGCUCUCCCGCCCUCAGAGCUGAGCCUGCCAGGCCCCAGGCGGUCCUGGUGGAGAGCGGGCCUGUGUCGUACCAUGCUGAUGAGGAGGCUGACGAGGAGGAACCUGACGAGGAGGACGGGGAGCCCUGCGUCAGUGCCCUGCAGAUGAUGGGCGGCAAUGACUACGGCUGUGACGGCGAUGAAGACGAUGGCUACUGAAGCGUGGCCUCCAGGCAGGUGGCAUCCUGGCGGGGGGCCUCACGGGUCUCCUCAGCAUCAGACGGGCUUACAGGACCGCAGCAGGCAGGCCCCAGCACCAAGACUCCUGGUGACAGGUGGCACCUGCUCCACAGCCCUGUCCCCUGUGGAACUUGCCAUUGGGAUUGUGUUUCUAUCCAGCAAGGGAAACCGGACCAAGCGUCUGCUUGUGUGUGAUCAGAUGUGGGCCUGGUGUGCACAGGGCUAGGUCCCGCUGCCUGCCGUCGACUCACCCAAGGACCCUCCAAGGCCGGCAGUGUAGUGUUGCUACUGGAAGGAAACAGGCUUAGGGCAGCCCCACUGCUGGUCCACGUGUGGGAGGGCUGAGUGUGCUGGCCCUGUGACUCAGGACCAGCUCUGGAGUCUCCAGCCACCCUCCGCACCAUCCCUCCUGAGCGGUGCUCUGCACCGGUGGCCUCUGCCAGAGAGAAAGCUGGAGCCCUGCAGUUGUUUGGCGCAGCCGUGGGAGCUGAGGGUCUGGCACCUGAGAGGCAGCAGCUCUCCCGCGACCACGCUGUCUGAAGGUCCUCUGGCUCCAGCUGUGGCCCUGCAUCCAGAUACCUGCCUCCUCCAAGGCAGGCACCGCCACCCCUGCCUCCUCCAGACCCCUCCCACUGCCUGCACCGCCUGGAGCAGCAUGGGGUUCAGACUUCUGCUUCAGGGACACUUGGGUUGUGUCCCCAGGAGCCCUGCGGCUGCCCGCAGAUGAACUGAGUGCCCGACAGCUGAGACCGGCGCCCACCCGCCCUGAGCAUAACUAGGCAGUGCGGGCGUGGCCUGCAUAGUGUCCUGGUGUUGGGAGUGCCCCGUGGACAGAGCCAGAGGGCAGUGGUGCUCCCUGUCAGAGCUGGAUCAGGUCCCCCAUCCAGGCGGGAGGGCAGAGGGAGGCCCGAGAGCCUCCCCAGGGCCUGGCCUCUUCAUGGAAAGGUCCCAGUACCACCCAUAGGGGGUCUCAGCUCUGGCAUGGCUGCCCUGGAUGUGGCCAAGGAGGGGGCUUCACCCUGUGUCCCUAGGAGAGGGUGGCCUGGAGGCAGAGCUGUGCCACACUGACCCCCGGAGGCUGCAUCCUCCCCAUGGAAUGGGCUGUUGUCCUGCCCCCACUUGGCCCACAGCAGGCCAGACCCCCCAUACCCCCGCCCAGAGCUCAGCAGCCAGCCUGGGUCCUGCCAGGGCUUCUCGAAGGCUCGGGGGAAGAAUAGAUUUAGUAAAGCAGAAAGAUCUGUGGUUACUUAACAGAAA